AUGUUCCAUCCCAUCACCUCCCCAGUAGCCACUGCUCCUCGAGCUUGCACUACUUGUAAGAAGCGAAAGCGAGCCUGCGACAAGCAGAUGCCUACGUGUUCGAGCUGCAUAUGGCUGCAAACAUGCUGCCAGUAUGACGUUCCUAUUCCUUCGGCCACCCCGACGAGGACCUUUGCUUUUGGCCUGCCUUCAUCUCACACGGAUCACAAUCCGGAUUUUACGUCGGCCGCGAUCAUGAAUCAAGCAUCACAAAUAUUAGGAUCACCGGACAAUAUUCUUCACAUCUCGCAAGACUAUUUCGCACGAAUACAUCCUUGGCUUCCUUUCAUGUCUCGCUCAAGAACCGCCACUGGGCAAAAAGAGAUCGCAGACUCCCUGCAUUCUGUCAAUUCGGUCGUUUUGUUAUGCAUAAUGCGCCUUGUCCUCUUAGCUCCGCCCUUCGCAGAGGUGGACACACUUCGUACUCCUCUAUAUAGGGACACCAAGCGCCUACUCGCUCUAGCAGAGACCGAAGGUCCUCAGUGUUUGGAUCUUAUUCAGUCUCGUCUCUUGAUGGCACUUUAUGAARUCAACCACGGUGCGACAGAUGAAGCCUAUGUAUCACUUGGAAUGUGCUCGCGAGCGGGUAUAGUGUUGGGACUGGAUCGUCAUUUGCAGCAACAAGAGACAGAGCACUGGACCCGUAGAGAGGAGGAGAAAAGAACAUGGUGGGCGAUAAUCAUUCUUGACAGGUUUCUACGGCAACAGCGACCACACUGGCCGGCGUCGGUGGGAGAUCCUAAACCUAGCGAUAUCCUCCCCGUCGCCGACUCAGAAUGGGAAAGCCAGCAAUACAGCAUCACACAAAAAGAUCCUCCAAGGCCAUGCCGCAUCUCAGUGGCCUCCAACGUCCGUGUCGGCUAUUUUGCACGCCCAGCUCAGGUUUCCCAUCUCCUAGGCUUAGUGCUCAACAAUGUAUACAGCCCGACUUCGGACUCGGCCUUCAACACACAGGAAGCUGAACAGUUACGUCGGACUCUGGACGUGUAUGCUGAGCUUCUACCGAAGGAAGCUACAGCGACUGAAUGCUCCCACUACUGCGGGGUUAUCAUGAUGUGUUAUAGUGCCCAGCUCUUUCUCGAACACCCUUCCUUCACGCGCGAAGGCGGAAUGAAUGAAAGGACCAAAGCUCUCACUGAUACAAUGACUCAAAUGGCCCGAGAAUUGAACCUCGAGCUGGAACUCAUGGGUUCGGAACUGUUACGACCUCUUUCGCUGUUUGCCAUCUCCCAGGUUGCAAGCAUAUAUGUGCGGCAAUGCGAAGUCACAACGGAGGCCAAGUACAGAGACGGAAUCGUAGUUCUUUUGCAAUUGUUAGGGAUCUUCGAAGAGAGAUGGAGAGUCGCUGGUGCAUACAAAGCGGAGAUUCUCGGAGAGCUCCAGCAACGAGCGAUUGGACUCUGA